AUGAACAGAAUCUUUGGUAGCAACAAGGCCAAGCCCAAGCCGAACCUCUCGGACGCUAUCAAUUCGACCGAUACGAGGAUAGGCAACAUCGAGGUCAAGAUCAAAAAGCUGGAUGGCGAAUUGUCCGUGUUCAAGACGCAGAUGUCCAAGAUGAAAGCAGGUCCAGGCAAGACGGCCGUGACACAGCGGGCUAUGAGGGUGUUGCAGCAGAAGAAGAUGUACGAGGGGCAACUCGCACAGCUUACCCAGCAAUCGUUCAACAUGGAGCAAGCCCAGAUGACGACCGAGAAUCUGAAGAACACUAUGGCGACGGUCAGCGCAAUGGAAAUCGCCAACAAGGAGAUGAAAAAGCAGUACAAGAAUAUCGACAUUGACAAGAUCGAAAAUAUUCACUAUGAUAUGGAAGACCUGAUCGAUCAGGCCAAUGAGAUCCAAGAAACUCUGGGUCGGACGUAUGGCGUGCCCGACGAGGUGGACGAGGCGGAUCUCGAAGCGGAACUCGAAGCCUUGGGAGAAGACUUCGGAGAGGAAGAGGAGAUCCCGAGUUAUCUUCGAGACAGCACCGCUCUACCAGACUUUGUCGACGAGGCACCGGUUCCUGCACAAUCAAAUACACCCCAGGCAGAGGUGGCUAGGUAG